AACUGUCCUGUCUCUACGGCGCCUGCGCAUGAAAGCCGCCAUGUUAGGGGCUGGCUGCUGCUUCAGACAAAGCUGGCGGCUGUUGGCUUCGGGUUGGAGGCUCUCGGCAUCCUCCUCCUCCUCCUCGCCGUCCGAGGUGAUUCAGCUGGAGCCGCAAAGGGACAAGUUCGGCGGGCUCAGCGUGCAUUUGUCCCAGCUGCGCGCCCCCGAGAGGCUGGACCCAGGCGCGCUCCGGCGCUGGCUGCAGGAGUCUAUCAAGCGAUGGAGAGGCGAAGGCCACAUUGCCGUCUGGCUGCAUGUUCCUAUCCUGCAGAGCAGGUUCAUCGCGACUGCUGCAGAGCUGGGAUUCACCUUCCAUCACGCAGAAUCCGACUCAGCUACACUCACUCUGUGGAUCGCAGACGGGCGCAGCAGGCUGCCCAUUUAUGCCACGCACCAACUCGGAGUAGCAGGCGCUGUGUUAGAUGUACAGUCUGGCAAAGUAUUGGUUGUACAGGAUAGGAAUAAAACAACAAAUGCGUGGAAAUUUCCAGGGGGAUUGUCUGAACCAGGUGAAGAUAUUGGGAGCACAGCAGUUCGAGAGGUUUUUGAAGAGACAGGCAUAAAAUCGGAAUUCAGGUCCCUUCUAAGUAUAAGGCAGCAACACAGACACCCCGGAGCCUUUGGAAAGUCUGAUAUGUAUAUUAUCUGCCGCUUGGAGCCUUCUUCUUUCAACAUUAGUUUCUGCCAGCAGGAGUGCCUCAAGUGCGAGUGGAUGGAUCUACGUGACCUUGCCAAGUCAAAAGAAACAACUCCAAUCACUAGCAAUAUAGCCAGGCUGCUUCUCUAUGGAUACCGUGAAGGGUUUGAUAAGAUCGACUUAACUAUGAGGGAAUUUCCAGCUGUGUACACAGGACUUUUCUAUAAACUGUACCACCGAGAACUGCCAGAGCAUUACAGGAACAUGACAAAUUUGUAAGACAUGUAGGCUUUUUUAAAAGGCAUCUAAUAUUACUGGUAGUAAAAUGCAUAUGUAUAUUAUUCCAGAUUAAAUUCCUUACAAAUAUAUAUUAUUUCACAUACAAUGCUAAAUAUUUUUAAACUAUGCAAAUUUUAAUAUAUAUUUUUCUUUGUCUAUUCCCAACGCAUCAAGUAAAAAAAUGAAUAUAGUAUUUGACUGGAAAUAAAUGCAUAAGUUCUCCA